AGAGGAAGAGAAGAGAAGAAAGGAUCAGAUUUGACUCAUCAAGAAAUUGACCAGGAGAGUGACACAGAAGGAAUGGAUGAGGACUCUGUGAGUGACCACAGUUAUGAUUCCAGCGCGGAAGAAAUGUUUUUGGAAGGAAAAGAUCCACUUUUAGAUCAUGCCAGGGACUCGGAUGAACAAUGGGAACCCACAAUGUCAAGGUGUCCAUCCCCCACUAAUUCAGACGCUGAAGCUGGUUCAUCCAGCCGGACCCCUGCUGUCUCCUGCUCCACACCUUCCCCCGCCCGGCCAUCUAGAGGUGUGAAGAGGUCAGCCCAGAAGCGGAGGAGGGCCAGUGAACCAGCGGCAACUACCACCGAGGCAGAGGACCGUUGGCACACUGUGCUAGAAGAUGAUGUGGAGCCACUUCCACCAACAUUUAGACCGAAAAGGCAGCCAGGACCUCAGCUGGACAUGACUGCAAAGUACAGCCCCCUUCAUCUUUUCCAGAUGUUUUUCUCCUUGUCAGUUCUUGAUUCGCUGGUUUCUAACACCAACAAGUAUGGGGCUAAGACACAAACAGGCAAGAAAGAGGCAUGGAACCCCAUUUCCGUCCAAGACCUGUACUGUUACAUCUCACUGGUUAUUUACAUGGGGUUUGUGAAGUGUAAAAACCUCAAGGACUACUGGAGAACGUCAACACUCUACCAACUGCCUUUCCCCUCCACUGUCAUGUCUUCUAAAAGGUUUCUGACUAUCUCGCAGGCGCUUCAUAUCAGUGACCCACAAGUUGAUGAGGACAAUGACAAGAAGAGAGGCACAGCAAGCUUUGAUAGGCUCUGCAAAAUCAAACCUCUCUACCCCAGCAUGGUUGAGGCUUGCAAGACCCAUUUUCAACCCAACCAGAACCUGUCCAUAGAUGAGAGGAUGGUAGCCUCAAAGGCUGGAAUUGGCCUCAAACAAUAUAUGAGUAACAAGCCAACAAAAGGGGGGUACAAACUGUUUGUUUUGGACGAUUCUGUGUGUGCCUACACUUGGAAUUUUUUUGUUUACGAGGGGAAAUCCAUCUCAGCCACCGGUAAGGGACUUAGUUAUGAUUCCGUUAUGGAAUUAUUAGAUUUUCAACUGCUGGGGACGGGCUACAAACUGUUUGUGGACAACUUCUACACAAGCCCUACCCUGUUCACAGACCUGAGGAAGCUGAAUGUGUGGGCUUGUGGCACCAUUCGUCCCAACAGAGUGGGUUUUCCCAAAACAAAAGUCAACGACAUGCCUAAGCGGGCUGAUAGGGGUACCAUGCGAUGGAUUCGUAAAGAUGACCUGCUCUUUGUAAAGUGGAUGGAUACCAGAGAGGUGGUCAUGUGCUCCAGUAUCCACAAAUCGUACAGUGGCGAUCACGUCGUCAGGCGUGUGAAGGACGCUAAUGGGGAACAGACCACUAAAAAUGUCCCCAUUCCUGCUGCUGUGAAGGAUUAUAACAAGAGCAUGGGAGGUGUGGACCUGUCAGACGCUCUGAUAGGCUACUACAAUGUUCUCCACAAGACAAUGAAUUGUGGUGUUCACAUGCCCGAAUUCAUAACUGCAGGCAUGAAUGUGCCUCGGGGCAAAAAGGCCACAGCAUGGAGGCGUCGUUGUGUUCUUUGUCGCAUGAAGUCCCCCAUCACCUGCACGACUUGUUCGAAGUCCUACUACCGGGCAGAUAGGAAGUAG